AUUCAAAGACACGUUCGCAGCUGGUCCUAGCUUUGCCUUUGCUGUAACACUACGGAUUAAAGAUGUCAGAUGUCUUAGUGCAAUUCUUGCUUAGAGAACGUGGGCUGGAGGGUGGAUAGUGUCUUGCACGUACUCGAGGGUAUCUGAGAAGCCUGACAGCUGUAGAUGCGCAGUCCUGCCAUUCCUGCGCUGGAGUUUACACACACUACUAGACACAAGGCGUGCGCACCACUGAGAGGCGGAAUCCGCGCGUGUCUGUGGCUGACAGGAUCUUUGCUUUUCCCCUUCUCUCCGUCUCUCUCUCUCUCUCUCUCUCGCCCUCUCUCAGGUUGUACGCGUUCUCGUUCUGUGACUGGAUUCAUUGUUUAAAUUUGUGCUGUCGCUUGUAAACUGAAAGCGAUGCAGUGUGCACACUGAGGCCACUGGUUUCCACUUGCUUGCCCUUGUAGUCGCCGUUGACAGGAUGCAGGGAAAUACUGCGUGACUGAGGGGAUCGCAUCAUUCGGCGAGAAGCGGAGCCGCAUACGGACGACCCAAUCCAAUUGGGAGUGCCUCAGUAGUCUUGAAGAAUAAGAAAGAGGUCCGGGGGUAAAAAAAAAAGAACUGACAACUUUUCUUCAUGCAUGGUUUUAUCAUCCUCAGUUAAGGGAUACAGACGGCAGAACAACAUCGCCGUGGGUCUCGGCAGCACAUGGGUGCGGAGAUGAAGUCGGCAGGUGUUGGAAACGGCGGGCUCUUCACUGAUAGCUACUGCAAUAUUUGCAAUGCACAGCUGAUCUCGGAGUCCCAGAGAGUCGCUCACUAUGAGAGCAAAAAACAUGCAAACAAGGUCCGUCUCUUCUACAUGCUUCACCCUGAAGAUGGAGGACCACCUUCAAAAAGACUACGGCCCGACAACCCGGACAGCGAUGAAUGUGAAGUCGACAGGAAUAAGUGCUGCACACUUUGCAAUAUGUUUUUCACUUCUGCGAUCGUCGCACAAUCCCACUAUCAGGGGAAGACACAUGCAAAGCGGGUGCGGCUUGUCCUUGGUGAGCCACCUAGCACCCCCAACACUACAGAAUCCGCACCCUGCACGCCACAACCCAAUGACCCAGCACCUCCCCCAACAUGGCCUACUGGUCGAGACAAUGAGGCAGGGAAGUUCUGUUGCCUGUGUGGUGCCUGGUUUAACAAUCCACUAAUGGCACAACAGCAUUACGAGGGAAAAAAGCACAAAAGGAAUGCAGCGAGAACGAGGUUGUUGGAGCAACUGGCGGGGAGCCUAGGAGCAACAGAGAGCACAGUUCUUCGAAGCAGUUACUCGUGUCAUGUCUGCAAUGUGGUCCUCAACUCCAUCGAACAAUACCAUGCACAUCUUCAGGGAUCCAAGCACCAGAACAACUUGAAGCAGCAACAGUGAGAAUCUCCCUCUGACACCUGGAAGAGAAGAUGACAGUGUGUUUCAGAUCCCCCUUGGGAGAAACAUUAACAAUCUUCAAGGGAAAAAAAUCUAUUUGGCAAAGUCUGACUUCAUUUUCUAAAGAAAUAUUAUUAAAAAAUGGAAAAGGGCAUCACAGAACUGUAUGUGGUGUGUAAUAUAUUUUAAGCCACCUAUCUCCUAUCCCACCCAUUAUUUUUGCAGCCAGAGGGAGACUUUAGCCAGUUUGCAUUAAUUUAGUUUGUCUGAUUUCAAGACUUGAUGCAACUGCAAAUUGAAGAUGACAAAAACCCUGGAAUAUGAAGACGAAGAAUUUCCCUGGAAUACAAGCCUCUCCGCACCUUGCUUAUAUAAGGAAUGGGUCACUCAGAGAAAGCCUCACUCAACAGAGCCAGAAUGGGCCAGCAGCCUCCAUGGUCCAUGUUCAUCUUGAGUGUAAGACACAGUUACGUGUGACUUAGGAAGCUCGCCAAGGUCAUGCACUGGUGUGCUUAAGUUCAACGGGUGUUCGUCAAGCUCGAGUUGAUACAAUCUAGGUCAAUCCAUAUGUUGUCCUGAAUUUCUGACCUACUUCAACAGGCCUGUUUGGUAUCAUUUCAGGAGCCACUACAGCAUAGGGAAGUCGAUUGGAAUACAGUUUUUUAUUACUGUUUAUAAUACUAGACAUGCUGAGCCAAACACAUUAUAAAAUAAAUAGGCUUGUUUGUUUCUGAAAUAAAACAGAAGUUUUGUCUCAAUUUGAUUUGUUUGGUUUUGCAAAGUUGCUCUUCAUGUAAUGUACAAACAAACC